AGAACCCCAAAUCCACCCCACGCGCAGGCUCUUCUCAUCCUCACCCUUUAGCCUUACGGGGCUUUGCCCUGAUUGUUGCCGACAAUGGAAAAGCCUCUAAUGGGUUUAGGAGCUCCAGAGCUGAGAUGCAUCAAAAUCUAAUAGGGAGGAAGAGCCGGGCGCAUGGAAACCCAGGUCUCCGGUGCAAGGGAACAAGCUGUUCUAGAAUGGCCUCGCCCUCCCGCCUCUCCCUCUUCCUGCUGGGGCUGAUGGCUGCCCAGGUGCGCUCCUGCCCGUCCACCUGCCGCUGCUACAGCACGACUGUGGAGUGCGGCUCCCUGGGCCUCAAGGAGAUCCCCAGCAGCAUCCACCCUUCCACACAGACGGUCUUCCUCCAAGACAACGGCGUGACCCAGAUCCACCAGCAAGACCUGGCCCCUCUGUGGGGCCUGCAGUACCUCUACAUGCAGAACAACACCAUCUCGGCCCUGGAGCCGGGCGCCUUCCGCAACCAGAACCGGCUGCUGGAGCUGGCCCUCAACGGCAACCGGAUCCACCUGAUCAACAGCAGCAUCUUCAAGGGUCUGGAGCACCUGCGCGUCCUCUACCUGGCUGGCAACCAGAUCACCCGCCUGCCCGACUUCACCUUCUGCGACCUGGAGCGUCUGCAAGAGCUCCACUUGCAGGAGAACAGCAUCGAGGCGCUGGAGGAACAGGCGCUGGUGGGUCUGACUUCGCUGGCACUGCUGGACCUCAGCAAGAACAAUCUGCGCACCAUCAGCCGGGCAGCCCUGCGGCCCCUCAUCAGCCUCCAGGUGCUGCGCCUGACAGAGAACCCCUGGCGCUGCGACUGCUCCCUGCACUGGCUCAGUUCCUGGAUCAAGGAGGAAGGCCAGCGCCUCUUGGGCCCUUUGGACAAGAAGAUCAUCUGCUCGGAGCCGCCACGCUUGGCCUACCAGAGCCUGAUGGACGUCUCCGGCAACAGCCUCAUCUGCAUCCCACCGGUGGUUCAAGUGGAGCCGCUGGAGGUCACAGCCCGGCUGGGGGAUGACCUUCGGGUCUCCUGCCAGGCUUCAGGAUAUCCACAGCCACUGGUCACCUGGCGCAAGCUGGCGCACUGGCGCUCGGGGACAGGCUCCCGUUCCGGUGGUUCCCGUUCGUCGGGUGGCACCUUCGAGCUGAGCGAGCGCAGUGUAGGGGAGCGCUUCGAGCAGUCGGACACAGGGAGUGGGAUGCUGUUCCUCAACAAUGUGACGGUGGCCCAUGCUGGGAAGUACGAGUGUGAGGCCUCCAACCCAGGUGGCACAGCUAGGGUCUUCUUCCACCUCAUGGUCAACCUCUCACAGCAACAGCAGCAGCAGCAACAACACCAGCAGCAGACGUCGAGGGGCUACCCGGCCUCGGUGGACAUCAGUCAGGAACCCCUCUACGACAUGGAGAGCAUGGACUUCAAUGCCCUCAGCAUGGCCACCCAGACGGCCAUCGCAGUGGCCAUCUCCCUGCUGGCACUGGUGGCCCUCCUAUUGGUCAUCAUGAUCUACCGUAAGCACCGCAAGCGAAAGAAGGCCAAGAAGGAGGAGAACAUCCUCUACGUCAACGACUACUCGGACGGGCCCACCACCUUCGCCCAGCUGGAAGAGUACCGGGACGAGCGGGGCCACGAGAUGUUCGUCAUUGACCGCAACAAGCCCCUCUUUGCCACUUAUAAGGACCCUCAAGGUCUGGCCGGGGGUUUCCCUGACCAGCUGCAAGAUCAAGCCACCCAGACGCUGGAAGGGGAAGAAGAGCGGCCCCCGGAUGCCAAUGAACUCUUCACCAACCAGGGACUGAUGUUCCAGCCUCAGAUUGCUUAUGAAAUCCAUUGUUGAACCCCAAAAGAUGGAGCCUAGAUGAAUGGGGUGGACGUGCCCCCACAUUAUGGAGACCCUUGUAGCCUCCUCCGACCUUGGACUAUGGGGGUCCUUACAGCCUCCUUCCAACCUUGCAUCAUGGAGGUUAUUCUAGCCUCCUUCCAGCCUUGCAACUUGGAGGUCUUUGGUUUCCUUCCCACCUUGUAACAUGGAGGUCUUUGUGAACUCCUUCCAACCUUCCACCAUGAAGGUUAUUCUAGCCUCCUUCCAACCUUCCAUCAUGGAGGUCAUUGUGGACUCAUUCCAACCUUCUACCAUGGUGGUUCUUCUAGCAUCCUUCCAUCCUUGCAUCAUGGAGGUCUUUGUGGACUCCUUCCAAUCUUGCAUCAUGAAGGUUAUUCUAGCCUCCUUCCAGCCUUGCAUCGUGGAGAUCUUUGUGGACUCCUUCCAACCUUCCACCAUGAAGGCUACUCUACCUCCUUCCAAUCUUGCGUCAUGGAGGUCAUUGUGGAUUCCUACUGACCUUGUCCAUAGAGGUCCUUGCAAUCAACCUUCCACUGUGGAGGUUAUUCUAGCCUCCUUCCAACCUUGCAUCAUGGAGGUCAUUGUGGAUUCCUACUGACCUUGUCCAUAGAGGUCCUUGCAACCAACCUUCCACUGUGGAGGUUAUUCUAGCCCCCUUCCAACCUUGCAUCAUGGAGGUCAUUGUGGGUUCCUACUGACCUUGUGCAUAGAGGUCCUGCAACCAACCUUCCACCAUGGAGAUUAUUCUAGUCUUCUUCCAGCAUUGCAUCAUGGAGGUCAUGGUGGACUCCUACUAACCUUAACCAUAGAUGUCCUUGCAGGACAAUUAUUCUUGCCUCCUUCCAGACUUGCAACAUGGAGGUCCUCAUAGCCUCCUUCCAACCUCCAUCCCAGAUUUCCUUAAGGCAAUGGUGGAGGAAACCAUGAUGUUUUGGUGAUUAGUUUGUAUCCCAGGAGUAGCAGAAGGUGUGCUCCUAAGCCUGUCCCCAAAAAGCAGAACAGUGACGUUACUUCUGACAGGCAACUGCUAGCGAGGGACCUCCUUGCCCACUCAGUACUGCUAUUGCUGUUCCUUGAAGUAAACAUUACCAGUCAUUCACCCCUUUGUGGAGCAUCCUAGAUGUUCUUCACCAUUUUGUAAAUGGGCAAAGCCUUCCUUAAACCCCACCAAUUCUCUGCUAAGGUGGCAGAAAGCAUUCAUUAUGGGACAUUGAAACAGUGGCUCCUGUUGAACGACAAUGGGUCGCACCUUGAAUCCGUGACGUUGAUCAAAUGUGUUGCUUUCUCGUGGACUUUUGUCAUUGAACAGGUGUGGAUUUGCAACUCAUUGGACGAAAACAAUUUGAAGAAGAAAAGCAAUUGAAGGCUGGAUUUGGGAAUGUGGGGGCUUCGAAGGAUUUAUGACACUGUGCAAUGCUUGACCGACUCACGCCUCCCUUCCAUGACCUUCAGGACACACUGUGGACAUAGGAAGCCCUCUUUGCGAGGGGGCAAAACAGGGCAUUUCUGUAUUUUUUUCUCCAUUGUUUUCCUUCUUUUCUCCUUUUGUAAUGCAUAGAAACAAGGACACGACCACAGCGUUCAUAGGUCCCACGUCCGAAGAAACUACCCAUCCUUCACAACCACGCCCAAUGGUGGUGCUACACAAUAUGGUUUCCUCAAGGGCUUGGAAGCCGCGAGGCGGCAGGAUCUGCCAAAGGAGGAAAAGGCAGAAUGGGGAUUUUUCCAAGCAAGGAGAUAAUAAAACGUAGCUGGCACCAGGGA